AUGGCUGCUAGAGCGACUGGAACAGCUGCAAUUGCUGUGGAAUCGAAAUUCUCCCAGCUGAUACGCUCGGGUCAAUUGAAAUCAAUAGAUGCUCUAGCUUAUGGAUCAUUCAAAGGUAUCACAGGGGACGAUCAAUGUUUUUCUUAUAAGCUUUCCGCUCACCACGCCUAUGGCUCUCAUCAAGCUCCAGCGGUAUCAAAAACCUACAACCCAGAUCACUAUAACAUUCAGCACCUUUUGGUCAACAAGACCUCGCCUUUAUGGCUCUCUGUAUUUUGUGCGAAAGUCCAUGGAGGAAACAAGAAAGUUAUAAGAACCCAUAUGGUACGGAGGAUCAGAACUGCGAUUAGGGAAGCCUUGAAGAACCACGACUAUGACUUGUCUGGGAAAAGGAUAUCCAACAGUAUAGAAAGGGGUAGCAAGGGCGAGGAUCUAGUUGGUACGAUGAUAAUAUCUGCCAAAGAUAAGGCCUUGACUGCAAAGAUGGAUGUUUUACAAAAUCAAGCGGAGAUGGCUGUGACGGCAUUAAUACGAAAGUUCAAGCUGGAACGUGAAGCUCGACAUAACAAUUCAAAUCAAAAUCCCAGCAGACAGACUAAGGGCGUGCCCAUUGAAGUGAAAAGGGUCCAGAUGAAAAAUAAGGCGAAGGAAAAGGAGGGUGGUACAACAGUGAACUUACCAAAGAAGAAGAAAAACACCAAGAAUAAGGUAUUUGGUGGAACAGUCUAUCAAAAGUGA